GAAAUCACAGCGAUUACCUUCUUUCCUUCAAUGUUAAUAGCCUUUUUUAGAAUUCAUUUAUAAAAAUGGAAAUGCUGUAGAAGGUCUGAUUUGUCAAAGUCCUCAACAAAAAAAAGUAUGAUGGGAUGACUGAUAAGAGUGAUUAAGAGAGAAUAUUCCUUAAGUCAGUGGAGAGCACACAUUUGCCAAGGCCAAUCAUUCCUAAUUAGAAUCAGCACCAAAUUGUACACCUUCAUAGAUUCAUAGACACAGACCUCCAGUAUGCAUCUAAGUUUUGUCAUCAAGCAUUAUAUACUGAAAACAAGCAAUAAUAAUACAAAUUUAUAUAGCACUUUUCCAAACUUGCAGGGUUACAGGAAGUUUUGUGGAAGUCUUUGAUGUCGUUGUAAUUCUAAUUGGGCGUGGUAAUAGAAGUCUUUGUCACAUUUAUAGAAACCUUAACCUCUUAACCUCUGAAAUGUUGUGGACCUAAGAUACCAUUCUUUCUUUCAUUAGGCUUAUCAUUAGAUUAUCAAAACAACCUCCACAUUGCUGUCAAAAAUGUCUUUAGCAAUGUCUUUUUUUGAUUGGUUGCUGUUUUGAGAUUUUUUUGUAAUUCAAUUGACAAAAGUUUUCAUCCAUAUGAAAUGGCUGUUUGCAUUAUAUAAAAAGAUUACUAUCAUGUAAAAAGUAAAACGUCUCAAUGGCUUACAAUACAGUUAUACAGUAGUUUGAACAUUUGAACUCUUAACGUGUUAAGUCAUGUUACAAAGGAGCGUAUUUCCCCACCCAGCUGCUACUGUAUUGAAUCAUACACACAGAAUUGCUUUUAUUUGCAAUGGUUUUGAAAUAUGUCUCCAAGAUAUCUGCCUCCAGCUCCAUACAAUGGAAGUUUGUGGAUUAUCAAAAAUAACCAGGACAUUGGAUGUGGAAAGACAUACAGUGGUACAAGAAGCUGAAAGAGGACUUCCAGUACAAUCUGUCCAUCCUGGAUGAACGAGAGAAAGAGCUGCAGCGAUAUGAUGUCAUCACUUCCAGGGCUGUGAAUGCAGAGCAGAACAGACAGGAGGAGCUGAGCCGCCUCCGUAUCCAGGUUGCUGUGCUUGAAGAGAAGCAAGCCAAAGAUGCCGAGGCAAGACAGGAGGAACAACGUAUCAGCGAGAACAAAGCUGCUCAACAAAGGCUGCAACUGGACGAGCUCAGACACUCUAUGACAGGUACAAUUCAAAAGCAAAUGGAAGCGAACGAGCGUAUGAAGUUGGAGGUGCAGCACAGGGUACAUGAGAUGGAAGUAGAGUUCAUGCGCCAGAAACAGGAGUUGACAGCAACUUGGGACAAAGAGGGCAGACAACAAGAACAUGAGUUCAAUUUAAAACUUGAUGAAAUGCAUGCAUUGCUGCUGUCCAGUGAUCUCAAGAUUAAGCUGCUGUCUAAAGAGUGUGAAGUCCAGAGCCAGGCUCGAAUGCAAGCAACACAGGCACUCAAAGCAUCUGAGGAGCUUUGUAAGCAAUUACAAACCCAGCUACAGCGUAAGGCUGAUUUAAAAAAUGAAGCCACUGCUGUCAAGGAGGUCAGGAUAAAGGAACUUGAGGACAAGUUGAAAUGGAUGGAGAACAAACUGAAAAAGCAGAAAGAUGACCACAUUAAGAAACAUGAUGACAUGGCCCAGGUUCUGAAAGAGAAGGACGAUCAGCUGGAGUCUCAGUGUCAGGCCCACAAAGAGCAGUUAAAGAGAGCAGAAAAACACAACAUCAAACUGCAGGAUGAGAUGGAGAUCCAGUCUGCAAAAGCUCACUUAGCACAAAAAGACAUGGAGAUGGUCUUGGAGGAGAAAGAUGAUACAGUAAAGAGGCUUCGUACCGAAAUGACUAGAGGCCAGACUGUCUUGGAGAGACACAUGAGUCAGGCUUCUAAUGAGAUGGUCGCCAAGAACACAGAGUUCAUCACCUUACAGAACAGUAAUGACAAACUCCGGGCUGAGUUGGAGAGGAGAAGGGAGGAGAUUAACAGGUAUAAACAGGAUGUGAGUACCGGUUUGAAGAGAGAGGUGGCAUUAGAACAGGCACGAGUCCAGUUGGAGUUGGAGUGGCAGAGGCGCUGUGAUGCCAUCAAGGCAAAACACUACCUGGAUAAUGAGCAGCUUAUACAAGAUUUGACACUGGCCAGAGAUCAGGCAAAGGCAGAUCUUAGUGAGAAAGAAAAACAGUUGCAUGACUUGACUGUCUUGUGUCCGUCUGUUGUGAGUGACAAAGCAGUGCAGGGUCUCACACCAAAAUCAGAUGUGAGGGCAUCACAAGAGAUAAGUUCCCUGGUUGAGCAGAACAGCUUUUUGCGAGCUGUGGUUUCCCAGAUGAGAAAGGAUAUGGAGGAUCUUGGUGAUAUCCUGCCACAUCCACAGACCAAGCUUCAAGAUGCCUCUCCCAAGGCAGUUAAAACCCCUGAAGCGCCCGCAGCUACCUUCACAACUGACCCUCUUGCCAAGCAUCCUGACGUCUCUGCCAACACCAUCCCUGCAUAUUUGUCAGACUACACUAAGGCUCUGAAGCAGGAGGUGGGCCUGUUGAACGCUCGAUGCAGACACCUUGAGGAGCAGCUAGAAGGUUCUUUAAAGUUCCCAAGCCUAGUUCCUACCGCAGGAACAUCAAAAGAGUCCCAGGCUCACACAUAUCUAGAUAAACCACAUCCACAUGACCAAGAUUUGUGUCCGGAGAAACAUGCUGACUCCACUGCUUUGAGGAGUCAAGUGGUGAGAGGGCCACAUGCAGAGCCACAUGCCAACAACAUAAGGGAUCGGAGUCCUGUGGUGCAGCAGGUUCGAGAUGAGAACUUCUCACUGUGGCAGCAGCAGCUGAACUCCACUCUCAUGGCUGGUGCUGCAUCUGGUAAUGUUCAGGGUGUUAAAAGGAACAUUGUGCUGGCACACGCCAGGCUGGAACAGGCGGCGGCGUAUAUCGCUCGUCUGAGCAGAGAGAAGCAACAGCUCAUCCAGAUGGGCAACUGCCUUCGUGGCUGCAUCAACACCCCUGGAUUAAAGGAGGCAAUUGAGCAAAAGAGAGAUUCCUCCACAGGAGAACAAGGACAUCAACAUGAUCGUCUUUCUGCUCUAGAACAGCUGCAGUAUCGACUCACAACACAGGAGCUUCAGUAUGCUGUGAGGCAGAUGGCUUGCACUGUUGCUGAACAUGCCACUUCAUCUGACAGCAUAGGGCCUCCCAUUAAAGGAGACAGCGACCUUUGUUCCGACGGGCACAAAACCACUGAUGAGUCUGGGGCCUUUAAAAUGUCGGGCAAAACUCCUACGAUCAACCAGCUACGGAACUCUUUGGAGGUGAAGAAACAGCCCAGCUCUGAAGAUUCUCAGCAAUCAUUAAAGGAGAUUUGGGAAAUAUUGGACCUUGGACUGAGUUCAUCCAUUUACUCAGAAGGUGAAAGUGAUCUGUGCAGGAGCAGGGGAACUAAGUCGGGCACCGCUGGGGUGAUGGUGACCGGUACCAGUGCUCCCAUCCACAGUCGUUCCCCAGCCAAUUUCCAGCAGAAGAAGAACCCCUCCGAAGCACCAUCGAACCCUCCUAAGAACUGCCAGCAUGGAGCCCCAGGCAAAAUUGUCAAGAUCAGGAACUAUAAUGCUAAAGACUGACGCGCAUACAAGGCAGUCAUCAAUAUGACCAUUGAGUGAUCAGUAAAUUAUUUCCAGAUUUGGUGAGUAAGUGAACAAGCUCAUCAUGAUCAGAGCUACUUGGAGUUGGAAAGAUUCAAAUGAAUAAUGGAAAGAUGAGUUAUCUAGUUGCAAUAUGCACUUUUAUACUGUUAGUAACUCAAAUGUAAUCUGUAUUUUUAGUGGCCCCUUGAGAAAAACUGUAUAUUUUGAGUGUAUUCAAAUUGAUUUUUCUAAAGUUAUUUGGUCCCUCUGCAUUAUGUAAUUUCCACCGGAGCUGAUUUCUUCUACCAGAUAUUUUUAGAACCAUUAAAAUAAUAGCGACAUGUCAUGCACGGAAUUACGGAAGCGUAUUGCUGCCACAAAAAAAAAAAGGUUCACUAUCACGUUAUAACAAGUUUCACGUUAUGACGUUUCACAUUUUAACAUGAUAAAUGUCAUGUUAUACUGUGAUACGUUUCACAUUAUAAUGUGAUACAUAUCACGUUAAAACAUAAGUUUCACAUUAUAACGUGGACAAGUUGGCCUCGCAGAGGAUGUCAACUUGUUGCGACCCUGUGGUCACUCACAUCCUUCCAAGGUGGAGUUGACUGACUGAAAUGCCUGUCAUUGGGUGACAUUUUUUAAUGAAAGGUACAGAAUUUUGCUGGAAAUCUUGUUACUACUCACUCUCAUGAUAAAAGAAAAAGGGGUCCUUUAAAACUUUAAUUUGAUAGCAUAAACAAUAUUUAUAGUGUAAGUACCACUGAAGUGGGCCUGUCACUGAGUUAACAAUGCAAUAAAUUUGGGGGGGAAUACCUUGUGUGGUCAUUUAAUGCUACAAUUUGUUAUUGUAUGUUUUGUUUUAUAAGAGAUAAGGACCUGGGACACCUGGAAACCCUGAUAUACUUGUAUACUGCAAAAUCAGAUGUGCUCAUAUGAUUUUUGUCUUUAGUAUGGAACCAAAUGUAACGGGGAAAAAAUUAUAAUUCACUUAGUGA